UCAAAAACCUCUAAAAACAAAUGAGUCUUUCAUCAGUUCAACUUCAAAUUUAGUUUUGUUUUUUUUUUGUUUUGCUUUUUUUAUUGUUACAAAACAACAUAAAGCACAGAAAAUGGUAGAUCUUAUUCCAGUUCUGGAAAUUCUGCUCAUUUCUUUUUGUGUUACAGCUUCAGGUAGAUCUGGAGUGAAAACAAGAACAGCAAAAAGACUGACUAAUGUUGAAAAUAGACUGGAUACAAUCACUGCUGACAUCUCAGUAUUCAGGCUUGAUAUCAAUGACAUAUGGAGCACAAUGGACAUGUUUAAUGAAACUGUCUGCGAAACAAAAGAUGCUCCUCCAACAUCUUCAGGAACAGUUGAAAAAGAACCAAAGGAGAGAACUGAAAGGAUUUACUCAGCAUUACAAAAGGAGAAGCAGUAUUCAAGAGAUUUCAUGGCAGGCAUGGGCAAAAAUCUCAUGGAUUUUAAAAGUGAAACAAACAUCAAGUUUCGUCAAAUGAUUGAAAUGGAGGAAGAAACACAAACAGAAUUAUAUGACAAAGUUGAAAUACUACAACAAAAAUUUGAUAAUGCAGUCAAUGAAAUAAAUGCAGAAUACACAUUAUUAUUCAAAGAAACAAAACAGCAGCUGCAGGAUUUAACUAUAUCUUUUUCAAAGAUAACAAAGUCUUUAGAAACAGAUCUUGACAAAUGUAAUAAGUUGCAAGAAGAAAAUAGGAAGUGCCAGUUGACAAUCACGGACAGAGAUAAUGUAAUAAAUAAAUUAAAAUCAAAGCUACAAGAUGUUGACAAUAUAACUGUUCAGCUGCAGAAAAAUAUCCAGGAGUUAGAAAUGAGGUGCCCAACAGGAUGGCACAAGCAUAAGCACUCUUGUUAUUUCCUUAGCAGUUCCACUGCAACAUGGGACAAUGCUAUGAACUGGUGCAAAAGAAAUGGAGGCCAACUUGUUGAAUAUUCCGACAGAGGCGAACUAAAAUUCAUAGUUGACCUGGUUAAAGUAGUAAGCAACUGGGAUAAUAACAUAUGGACUGGGUUUUGGACAGGAGCAGAUGACACUAAGCAUGAGGGCCGAUGGAAAUGGAGUAAAAGUGGAAAAAGUUUCACAUUUACAAAUUGGAAGGCACAUCAACCAGACAAUGGAUCUGGAACAGAGCACUGCAUGGUGACUCUUGUCAAUUCAAAUGGACAAUGGAAUGACGAACAGUGUUAUGUUCGAUAUAAAUUUGUCUGUGAAAGGGUGUUGUGAAAAUUUUCAUACGGAGUUUUCGCAUUUGAUGCAAAUUACUGUUUAAUAAAUUGUCCUCUUUAAAUGUGGCCAAUCACAUUUGAGCAAUAUUUUAUGACAUUUUUCAUAUUUAGUAUAUUUUGUUAAGAAUUUUAUAUAAGGAACAAAAGGAUCCACUUUAUAGUAGAAAUGUGUGUUUUUUUUGUUUGUUUUUUAUGAAUUUUAGAAUAACUCCCCUUUAAUAUGAAGUAUCAAAAAAAAUGGAAUUCUGCAUUUGUUUUCAACAUAAUUAUAAUUUUACAUUUGUAUUUGACGGAUAUUGGGAUAUUUCAAAAAUCUUAACCAAAAUACAAGUUUUAAAACAAAGUUAGUUUCUGAAUUCAUAUAUUUCUAAUCUAUCCUGGUUGUGCAACCAAGAUAGGUAAAGGGAAGUAAUAAUAUUUCUACAAACUUGCAUUUCUAAGGAAUUUUGGCUAAAUAUCAAUGUGAAUAUUUGACUAUUAUAAUACAAUAGCUCUUAUAUACAUACCACUUCUUAGGCAAAGAAUAUUUAUUAAAUUUAUAAAUAUGCUAAAAUAACUCUAUCUAAUGGUUGGGCAACCAGGACAGGAAAUUCAAGUUUCAAAAAUACCUCCAGUGACAAUCUAACAUGUAUCAAGCAGUCAGUAAACACAAAUAAGUGUAAAUGAACAUUUGUUAAACUUGACUAAACCCAUUACUUGAUCAAAAUCUGAUUAACCACCUUUAAAAUAACGACAGUGAACAUUUCUCUUCAACCAGUGAUUAUAAACAAUGUCUAUACAUUGGCAUAUAUUGUUUGCAGUUAAAAACAAGGAAAUCGGUAACACCCAUAAAUGCUCCCCGAAGCAAAUAUCCAACAAGAGUGCCAGAAUAUCACAAUAUAUGCCCGUCAUAACAAAUUUCUUUACACUAGCACCUGUAUUUGCAAAUGGAAUUUUAAUUCUGUGGUUAUGCAGUAAUUAUUGUAAUUCUUUUGUUUUUCUAAGUCCACAAAAAAACUACUUACCAGGUAGAGACACCUUAAAAUACAGCUAAGAUUUGAAGUAACAUCAGCAACAUCUAUGUUGUACCAUAGAAAAAUGUAUUUAUCGUCGUUCUUGUUAUUUGAAUUAAGAUUUUCGUACACUGUGCAUAGCACAGCUGUACUUCUGGGUAUUCAUGCGUGUUAUCGGUCACAUGUAUAUAAAGUAUUUAUGUAGUUAUUAUGGUCAUUCGAGGUAUAACAGGUUUACACUGCAUCACUCCCCCCCCCCCCACACACACACACCCGCCCAAAUGGUUAUAAGAAGUGCGCAUAGAUAAUUUCUUUUCUAUUGGAGUCGUAGCCUCAGACUGUGUUCGCCAAGUUUGACGAUAAACGUUGUGAAGUAGACAUUAAGAGAAACUAUCAGAAUUCAAGAGGUUUAUUAGAACAAAUGUUGUGUAACGUGUAUCUGAUUUCAUUGUUUUUUUAUGUGAAAUUAACAAUUUGUUUAUCUGUUUCAGAUUAGACAUUUAUCAUUUGUCUAUUGUUUUCUUCAAUAUUAUGAUUUGUGAACGCAUGUUUUGGAGAGUGUGAAAUGAUGUACAAACUGUUUGGCAAGUUUAUCAACUGUCGAUGUUAAAUGCCGUCGUUAAUGUGUGAAUGGCUACAGCCGCAGAGCGAGUGGGUCGGCGAUACAGGACAUUAACAGAAUUUUUUCUCAUACUUAAUGUUAUAAGUGCAGAGACAUAGUUCACUUGUUACAAGUGAUUAUUUUUUCAGUUUUCGGUAUCGUCGAUAUGUGUGAAUGAAAUGUAUUUCAGUGAUGCAUUUAGUAAAUCUGUUGUUUACCACUCCUAAAACAA